UUUAAUGGCUUCGAUUAGCGGCGGUCAAGUGACGUCCCUUGACGAGGUCGCUGCUGCCAGUCACGUGAUUCAGGGGCGAGGAGGGGAAGUGUUGAUGUUGCAAACUUCCUAAAUCCCAACUCAAAAUGACCACAGCCGCCCUGACCCAGGGUCUCGAGCGGAUCCCCGACCAGCUGGGUUACCUGGUGAUCAGUGAAGAAGGCGUCUUAGCGUCGGCCGGGGAGUUGGAGAACGACGAGCACACGGCAGGAGUCAUUAUGCAAAUGGUGCGGACAGCAUGUCGCUUCCGGUUGCAGGGCGCCGCUGAACCACCCUUCAAACGUAUUUCAGUCAUGCUGGAAGACUUUGUCUACACCGUGACGGUGUCGGGGCAGAAAGUGUUUGUGGUGAAGCGGCAGAACAACCAGCAUGCCCCCGUGACCGUCUAGCGCCACCUGGGUUCCAACGGGGAGAACGUAGAGGAACCAGCCCGGGCAUCUCAGUAGUGUACACACUGGACUUAUUAUGCCAUUGCCCUUAGUUUGUCUUUCAAAACGUAUACGUAAUAAGAGCAUUUGGAAGCCAAAGUGAUUGUGGCCGACGGGGGGCGGAGUCCCAAAAGAACUGCGUGGAAGACAGCGGCUCGGGAUUUGUCUUGUAAAUUGUAUUGUUACGCAGACGGAGUUCAAAACCUCAACGUGUUGAUGUGGACUAGGUUCCAUUCAAUGGUUUAUGCCGAUCAAUGGUUUGUUAUCAUCUGUUCGACCAUGUGUAAAUACAAAAUGUAGUUAAGAAAUAAAGAUUAGAUGUAUAUGCA